GCGUCUCCGGGCCGCCGCACGGACUGGCGGGCGCCCUCCCCGAGUCCCUGUUCCCGCGCCGCGCCCCGCCGGCCAGCAUGAGGCUCCUGACGGCCGCGCUGCUCCUGCUGCUCCUGGCGCUGUGCGCCGCGCGCGUGGACGGGUCCAAAUGCAAGUGCUCCCGGAAGGGGCCCAAGAUCCGCUACAGCGACGUGAAGAAGCUGGAAAUGAAGCCAAAGUACCCGCACUGCGAGGAGAAGAUGGUUAUCAUCACCACCAAGAGCGUGUCCCGGUACCGGGGUCAGGAGCACUGCCUGCACCCCAAGCUGCAGAGCACCAAGCGGUUCAUCAAGUGGUACAACGCCUGGAACGAGAAGCGCAGAGUCUACGAAGAAUAGGCUGAAAAGUUCCUGCUGGGAAGACUUUGCACCCGUUGGGAGACAAGCAAAGCACUCUGCAGAUAAAAAAAAAACCAACCCUUUCUUUCUCACAGUAUGCAUAAGACACAAAUUAUAUAUUGUUACAAAGCACUUUUUACCAAGGGUCAGUUUUUACAUUUUAUAGCCGUGUGCAAAAGGCUUCCAGAUGUGAGACCCGUCUCUCUUGCGCUCCAGACUUCAUCACAGGCUGCUUUGUACCGAAAAGGGGGAAACUCAUGCCUUUUCUUUGUUAAAAAAAUGCUUUUUGUAUUCGUCCAGACAUCACUGUACGUCUGAGCUUUAUAAGCGCCUGGGAGGAACAGCAGCUUGGUUGAGACAUUUCAUAGCAGCGUUGCUCCGCUCCUAGCGCGGGAAGCUUCCGCCCUGAGGUCUUGGCACCUCGGCACAGCUGCCACAGGCUUUCCUGGGCCCAGGGUCGCCACAGGCUCGGGGGAACUCUGGAGCCGCCCCGGUCAUUGGGCAAGGAGGAACAGAUCUCUCUGCAUCUGUUCAAGGACCUGGAGUUUGGCUGCUAGAGAAAAGUGCUUCAUCCCCCCCCCGGUUAAUUUUUACACACUCUAGGAAACAUUUCCAAGGUCCUGGGAUGGCAAAGCACACGGUCUUUUUAAGGAAGGGGCUAGGUCUUCUCUCCAACCUGAGGGUUUGUGAACGGUUCACGGCUUCAAUCUUGAACGCUUCGGAAGCACGUGAAGUUCCCGACACUGUUAGCAAAAACCUUAGAAGAAAACUUAAAAAUGUAUGAAUCCAUGCACAAUAUACAGCUACAGACACACAUCCUGUUGACGAGGGAGAACCGUCACCUAUGUUUCUCUCCCUCAUCGCAGCAGAACAAGCAGUACUAAAGCGAACUGUCUGUGGUUCCCACGUCCUUCUUCAGUGAUAAACAGUGCAGUCCCCCUCUGAAAGCUGAGAUGACCACGAGCCCCCUCCUUUGUAAAUAUACUCUUACGACGCCCCCUCCACACGCUGCCCCUUCAGUAUACGCCACCCUGCACUGCUGUGUCAUAUGCUAUGUAAAUGUCAGACACCAUUAGCGCUGCAUGCAGGUUUCAUAUUCUUUCUAAGACAAAAAGAAAAGUAAUAAAAUAUAUUUGAAAUGUACCAAAA